AUGGAGGAGGCUUCGUUGUCGAUCCUCAAUGAGUCUCUAGCUUAUGGUACACCCACCUUUACAACAUUUCGGCGACAACAAGAGGUACACAGCAUCAUUGAUCUGUUCCUUACCAACAUUGGCGAGACGGCUAUGUUGAAUUCUCAACUGGUGGUUGACUCUGAUCUGUCCCUUGGUUCUGAUCAUCGGCUGAUGGUACUUACUUUCGAGUAUGUGCCCCCUCCCGAUGAUACUCUUGGUUCUGGUAACUCUGGUGGUUUGGCCCCUAGACGACAAUGGAAGCUCUCGAAAUUGAGGAAAAAGCGGCCAUUGGGCUUGCUUCGUGAAUCCUUUCGAUCUUCUGUUGCUCCUUUGGUUGAUUCUCUCUCUGGUUUGGUCUCUGCUCCUGAUGGAGUUCGUCCUGAUAUUGAUGCACUCAAUGAUUCUCUGAAUUGUUGUUUGUAUGAAUCUCUUGACGGGUCAAUUGGUGUGAAAUCUGGUCGCCCUGGUCACUGGAAAAAGUACUGGACACAAGAAAUUGAAGAUGCAGCUCGUGAAAGAGAUGCCUCAUAUAGUCGAUGGCGAUGGGCAAGUGGCUUUGCCAAAGUUGAAACAUGGGGUAUAUAUCAAACUGCUCUUAGACGUUUUCGCUCUCUGAUACAGGCUGCCAAAAGAAAGUCGUGGAACACAUUCUGCUCUAAUCUGGAAAAGGAUUUCUCUAAAGCUACUGCUGCUAUCAAACGCAUAAAGCGAAACAAAGAAUCCUCUGCUACUUAUAGCCAUCCAGAUGGUCCAGCUGCUUCAGUAACAGCAAUGGCAUCACAUCUUGCAUCUGUAUACAAUGGUACACUCCUUAACUCUGCUUCUCGUCCUGUUGCUCCUGAACCGAAUGUAUCGGAUCUACCCUACAAUGAUCCCUCUGUUACAAAUCUGUUUGAUGCUGAUACUAUUGUCUCUCUGAUUAAGCGAUUGCCAAAUGGAAAAGCUCCUGGUCCUGAUCAUCUGAAAGCUGAAAUGCUGAAGGCUCUAGCAUCUGACAUUGCACCCGUAUUGUCUCUGCUAUUUACGCUUUGCUCUCAAUGGUCGUACACUCCUGUAUUGUGGCGUCAUGCUCAGGUCUUUCCCAUUUACAAGAAAGGUGAUGUAUCUGAUCCUGCAAACUUUCGUCCAAUUUCGCUCACUUCGGUGAUGCGUAAAUUGUUUGAAUUUUCAUUGAUGCCUGCUCUUGAUGAACAUUCGCCUGCACUUGAUGUUGCUCAAGGUGGUUUUCGUCCACAACGUAGUCCUCUGGAUCAAGCCCUCUGUUUACAUGACUUGAUGCACGACUACUUCCUCACUCAUCACCACUAUCCUGUUGUAGCCUUUCUGGACAUCAAAUCUGCAUACGAUACAGUGGAUCGCAACGUUAUUUGGGAUGCUCUUGCUCAUUCUUCACUACCUCGUCCAAUCCUUAGUUUAUUGAUCAAUAUGUUCGAUGAUGUACUAGUCUCUGUACUGAUUGCAAACCACAACUCUGACCCUUUUUCGCCUGCUACUGGUGUACUCCAAGGUUCAGUGCUCAGUCCGCACUUGUACUCUCUGUACAUCAACUCUCUGCCUGCUGUUCUUCGUGCUGCUGUCAACCGUGGUACUAUGGUAUCUCCACCCGGAAUGCAUCCUGUUCAUAUCAAUAGUUUACUCUUUGCUGAUGAUGUGGCCAUAUUUGGCUCUCGUACUGAUGUGCAAACCAUGUUGGAUGUCGCUUCAGAUCACUCGUUCUCUCUUGGCUACAGAUGGAAACCAUCAAAAUGUGCUGUACUUUGUGCUCCUACUGCCUCUACUCGUCAUCCAUUGUCUCUAUACGGUGAACCUCUUCCUGUGGUAGAGGAAUUCACGUAUCUUGGUAUGCCGUUUAGAUAUAAAGGUCUGUACGCCCCUGGGAUUCUCAAUCUGCGUGCUUCUGGUGCUAUCAAGACAAUGGCAUUGUUGAAUUCGGUUGGUGUCAAUCGAAAUGGGUUUUCUCUGUUGCUUUGUGCUCGUUUGUAUAAAAGCUUUAUUCGACCCAAGCUGGAAUACGGCUUAGCUAUAUCGCAUCUCUCUUUCCGUGACUUCAAGGCUCUUGAUGCUCUGCAAAAUCGAUUGGUUGGUAUGUUUGUUGGUAGUACAUGGUACAAUGUUGCCAAACAUUUGACCUGUAUUCCCAGCAUGAAGCAUCGAUAUAAUGUCCUGGCAACACGUUAUGCUCUUCGUGCUGAUACUCUCCCUGAUGAUUGCUUGUUGGUUCUGCUUCGUCGUGGAUUACUGUACACUCGUCUAGACAGAUUUAUUUGUCAAAACCCGUUGUAUCUGACACUACCUGAUCCGCCGCCAUUCACCACUGCUGGUCUUACUGAAGUCUUUGAUUCGUAUUGGCAAGAUCAAGUAGAUCAUCAACUUGCUGCUGCUGCUGUUUCUGGUACCCAGACCCUCCUCCGUGCUUGUCGUCGUUCUGUAUCUCGUCCAGAUCCCAUUUUGUACCUACCAAUUGGUCGAUCUGCUCGAAGUCGCCUUGUUCGCUGGCGUCUUGGACGUUUCACAAACAUGCGUGAAGAGUGUCCGUGCGUGAUGGGUGAUUUUAUAUCUCGAAAUCACUUUCUGACAUGCCGUGCUCUGGAUCGAACACUUCUCGAUGCUCUGCCUGUGGCUCCUCCUGGUAUUCAUCGUAUAGACUAUGCCCUUAAUUGUUUACCUGUGAAAGCCUCUGAUGGUCCUCCAUCUUAUUGGUCUGCUUUGCUUGCUCUGCUUCAUGCCAUUGAUUGUUUAGUGCAUCCGCUGGCUGUCAUCCCUGCUGAUCUUGAUUCAGGGUUGUUAUGGUUCUCUGCUAGAUAG